CCUCAUUCUAUACACCACUCGAAUGCUCCAGAAUUCCAUAAUCCCCAUCCCCCGCUAGAAGCCUCUGGUGGCUUCGGAAACAUCCAGAACUACUCUACCUACUUUUGGAACACCCUUCUUGUAACUGCAAGCGUUUUAGCAUUAUAUAUAUGUGUAAUAUCAGGUUUCUUCCAUAUCAAAUAUUUUAAGCAUCAAUCUUGUUUUGCAGAGCUUUCAUUGUCAAGUGUUGCAAAAUGUCUCUUAUUCCAAGUCUUUGGGGCAGGAGAUCCUCGCCUGUGUACGAUCCAUUUUCACUCGAUGUGUGGGAUCGUUUUCAGCUUUUUGAUCCCUCAAUAUCCAAGGACAUAGCAAAACCCUCCACGGAUUUUGCAAGGGAUGCAGCGGCCAUAGCGAAUACACAGAUCGAUUGGAAGGAAACCCCUGAUGCUCACGUUUUCAAGGCAGAUCUUCCUGGACUGAAGAAAGAGGAGGUGAAAAUAGAAGUGGAAGACGGCCGUAUUCUUCAGAUAAGUGGAGAACGCAGCAAAGAAGAGGAGCAGAAGAACGAGAAGUAUCACCGUAUUGAACGGUCGCGAGGUAGAUUCCUGAGGCGUUUCAGGCUUCCUGAGAAUGCGAAGGUGGAUGAGGUGAAAGCUGGCAUGGAAAAUGGAGUACUUACUGUGACGGUGCCGAAGCAGCCUCAGCCUCAGCCUGAAGUUAAAUCUAUUGAAAUCUCUGGCUAAAGAGAGAAAGGGAUCUUAAGUAGUCAUCCAGUUCUAUUUCAGCUUGUGAGGAUUUUCUCUUUGAGUAAUAUUUUGUAAUUUUGUGUGAGGUAUUUUGGAGGUUUCUACUGUAGACGACUCGGUGAUCAUUUGCUGGGUUGCUAGUAUGUUGUAAUUUUGUGUGGGGUAUUUUCGAGGUUUCUACUGUAGAGGACUGGGUGAUUUUUUGUCUUAAGAGCUUAAGCGGAUGUAAUUAUUGCAAUAAACUGAAUAUAAUAAUUGCAAAAUUAUAUUAAUUUAA